AUGUGGACAACCAUGAACAUUUUCGUGAUGAGGAAGAAUUACGUGGUGACGAGUACGAUCACGCAACAAAUCCCGGUGUUAUCGCGCUGCCGUUCCACGCCCAAUGAUAAUUGUUCCAAAACCGACAACUGCGAAGAACGUUAUCGAUGUCUACGAGCAAUUGGUUUCCUCACAGGGCUUGCGGCUGGCGCUGGGUGCAUCGUCCUGCUACAGACUAGAAACAUAACCGAGUUCGGAAAUCUGGCUGCUCCUGCGUUGGCAGUCGUAGCAGGUUUGGUAGGUGCUAUCCUGGGAUCAACGCAUCCGAUUUCGUCCACCCUGAUCGGAGCCUCAGCCGGAGCGUUGGUAGCCGGUGCGAUCAUUGCAGCCUGUAUUGCCACAUUACCUCAUUACAUCUUUGGUGAAAAUGAGUUGUUCGUUUCAGUCGUUGGUGGAGCAAUCAUUUGUGCAAUCAUCUCACUAUUCUCUCCAAAAUUGAUGUCAAUAAUCGCUUCCAGUAUACUGGGAUCAGCAAUGAUCCUGUGUUCUAUCGAUUUUUUCAUGCAUGGACUCAACACAUUAGACUGGAUUUCCAACAUAAAACCUGAUCCCACUCCACCACCCUGUUGGGGCGGAGUCAUUCUCUGUUGCUGGCCUAUUACAUCAGUGCUAGGAGUGCUUGUACAGAGUUUCGUCACGGCUUGGAAAAUCGAUCACCGAAGACAGAUGAUGCAGCGAAGGCGACGUCACUACAAGGGCCGGCAGGGCUCGCGAACUCGGGAAACGCGGGAAGAAGCUCGUCAGCGGAAGUAUCGUUAUCUAUAUCAAGUUCGGACCGCUCGAGGAGAUAUCAUUUCACAAAACUUUGUAUCCGCCCUACAGAAGCACGUAACUCCGGACUCCGGCCCUCCAUCGGAAGUAUCCACUAAAUUGGGAUCCAACGACCGUAAUACGGUUCGCAGUGAUCGGACGCACAUGACGAAUCUGCCGGAUUCCGACAUUGACAAACGGGACUUGAGUUACGAGAAACGUUCACAUUCGGCCAAAUAGCACUACUAUCCCAACAAGCACAACAACGGCUAUCAGCAGAAGCAUGAGCGCACUUGUUACUAGUACAGAAGCCAAGAUUAGAGAACCCUAUUAAAAUAGGUAAACAUGUGGAGUAAGGUUUAGGAUUGUACAGAUCGGACAAAAAUAAAGAUGUUUUUAUACGGAAAACAGCCGAAAAGAGAGAUAGAUUAUCCAGUAACGUUCUAGGGACGGAAAUAUUGAGUGCUGGAACAAAAGCACUGCAGCUCUGAAUGCACAGCAUUUAAGGAUAUAAAGGAACGAUUUUAAACAUACACUGUAUCAAAAUGAAAAUACAAAUACUAACUCAAUAACUGAAUCAAAUUCAACGCUACAUAAAGAUACUUAAGAUAUAAACGCUACACUUAUUUCGGACUAUCUGAAGUAAAACUUUAAUCAUCAACCUCGGUUACAUCUAAAGCUAAGGGCAUUGCAGUUACCAGAGAAUGAGCUACCAAAGCAUGGGGUGGAUACAGUGGGAAUGUGACAAAUGUGAUUUUUUUUCUCGGAGUAAAACUUAAAACCAACUGCUAAAAGAUGCAUUUACAAACACAGAGUCAAGCCAUAGUUCAAAAAUGUUAUUUUUAAUUAAGGAACAAAAAUAAAACAAAAUAGAAACAAGAAACAUAUAAACUAAAUUGUUACUUUGAAAGUUGUAAUUUGUAAUUUGAAAUAGACAAGUCGUAAAAGAAGGACAUGCUAGUUUUGGAAAGUUCAUGAUUCAAGACGGAACACAAUAAGCCAUAUUGUGUAAAAUGGUGGGACUCCGAGUAGUGAUGGAAGUAGGAUUAUAUUCCAAACAAGAAAGAUAAAACAAUUAAAAUCGAUGUUCUAGGUUUAUGAAAAGCUCAAAAUAUAUAAGGCAUAUUUUGGAAUUA